AAAGAGGUACGGUCCUUUCCCUCUGACGAGUGAAUGGCGCCGGGCGUACCGCACAUGGCGUGCUGAACAAAAUCUUCGGGAUUUCAGUCUUAAAAUCCGUUACAAUCAAUUUCUUACAGGAAACUGAUCAAGAUUGGCAUUAAAUGCAUGAUACAGAGAACAUGGAGGCUGAAGCCGAGUUUGAAGAGGGCGAAGAGCCUUCAUUUAGUGAUCCGGAAGAUUUCGAAGAUGACAUCAGUGACCAGGAGCUUCUCGAAGACGUUAUGAGGGAGCGGCCACUGGAGGCUGAUGGCAUCGAUUCCGUGGUUGUGGUGGACAACGUACCUCAGGUUGGGCCAGAACGUAUCGAGAAGCUGAAGAAUGUCAUCCAUAAGAUUUUCUCCAAGUUCGGCAAAAUCACCAACGAGUUUUACCCUGAAGACGAGGGGAAGACCAAGGGGUAUAUUUUUUUGGAGUACACCUCUCCUAAUCAUGCCCUCGAGGCUGUGAAAAAUGCGGACGGGUACAAGCUGGACAAGCAGCACACAUUUCGUGUGAAUGUCUUCACAGACUUUGACAAGUACAUGACAAUCAGUGAUGAGUGGGAAACGCCUGAGAAACAACCCUUCAAAGAUUUUGGAAACCUGCGUCACUGGAUGGAGGAUUCAGAUUGCCGUGACCAGUACAGUGUCAUCUUCGAAGCGGGUGAAAGGACGGGCAUAUAUGCCAAUGAUGCCAAGGAGGCCAUCACGGCCGAGGAGAGAGCGAGAUGGACCGAGACGUACGUCCGCUGGUCCCCGAAAGGCACGUACCUGGCCACCUUCCACCAGAGGGGCAUCGCGCUGUGGGGUGGGGAGAAAUUCAAGCAGAUCCAGAGGUUCAGUCACCAGGGAGUGCAGCUCAUCGACUUCUCCCCGUGUGAAAGGUAUUGUGUGACGUUCAGCCCUCUUAUGGACACAAAAGACGACCCCCAGGCGAUCAUAAUCUGGGAUGUCUUGACCGGUCAGAAGAAGAGAGGAUUCCACUGUGAGAGCUCUGCCCAUUGGCCGAUUUUCAAGUGGAGCCACGAUGGGAAGUUCUUUGCCAGAAUGACUCAGGACACACUGAGCAUCUAUGAAACGCCAUCAAUGGGGCUCCUGGACAAAAAGAGUUUGAAAAUCACUGGCAUAAAGGAUUUCUCCUGGUCACCCGGCGACAACAUAAUUGCAUUCUGGGUACCGGAGGACAAGGACAUCCCGGCCAGGGUGACACUCAUGCAGAUACCCUCCAGACAGGAGAUCCGGGUGCGGAACCUGUUCAAUGUGGUGGACUGCAAGCUCCACUGGCAGAAGCAGGGAGACUACCUGUGCGUCAAGGUGGACAGGACCCCCAAGGGCACGCAGGGAGUCGUGACCAACUUUGAAAUCUUCCGGAUGAGGGAGAAACAGGUCCCUGUUGACGUCGUGGAGAUGAAAGAGGGUAUCAUUGCCUUUGCCUGGGAACCAAAUGGAAGCAAGUUUGCCGUUCUGCACGGCGAGUCCCCAAGAAUUAACGCGUCCUUCUACCACGUGAAGAACAACGGCAAAAUCGAGCUCAUCAAAAUGUUUGAUAAGCAGCAAGCCAACAGCAUUUUCUGGAGUCCUCAGGGGCAGUUCCUGGUGUUGGCUGGAUUGAGGAGCAUGAACGGUGCCCUAGCCUUCGUGGACACCUCCGACUGUACCUUGAUGAACAUUGCGGAGCAUUACAUGGCAUCGGACGUCGAGUGGGACCCCACAGGCCGAUAUGUGGUGACUUCCGUCUCCUGGUGGAGUCACAAGGUGGACAACGCGUUUUGGCUCUGGACGUUCCAGGGACGUCUCCUCCAGAAGAACAACAAGGACCGCUUCUGUCAGCUGCUGUGGAGGCCUCGCCCGCCCACACUCCUCAGCAUGGACGAGAUCAAGCUCAUCAAGAAGGACCUGAAAAAGUACUCCAAGAUCUUUGAGCAGAAAGAUCGACUGAGCCAGUCCAAGGCCUCCAAGGAACUGGUGGAUAAGCGUCGGACCAUGAUGGACGACUACCGCAAGUACCGCGAAAUGGCGACGCAGCAGCACCAGGAACAGAGGCCUCUCCGCCUGGAGCUGAGAGGAGGUGUAGACACCGAUGAACUCGACAGCAACGUCGACGACUGGGAGGAGGAGACCAUCGAAUUUUUCAUCAAUGAAGAAAUCAUUCCCAUCGGAGAUCUGUAAUCCCCACAGCAGCACCCGAUUCAUUGAAGAGGACACCAGUUACAUUGAGGGGAGGGGGGGGGAGGGACAAAAAAGUCCCGGUUUCAUUUCUUUAUUUGGGAAUUCCUUGCUCCAGCAUAAUCCUUGUCCGACAUCUAUUUAGUGCCUUUAAUAUUGGUCACUGCAGCAGGAGGAAUUUGGUUUUUUCUUAAACCCGUUCCAGAUUUUGAGGGGGGGGUGCGUGCCCUCUUUGCCGAACCACCCUGGCAGUGGUGCCAUCGCCGUGGCUUUCCAGCUUUCCUUUUUGUACCUCGUUUUUGGCUGUCCGCGCGUCACCAGCUUGGCCACCAGCAGGGAAAGAAGCCGCCUCGUCUCGGCACAGCGGGAACUGUUUUCACAUGGCCAAACGGAAUGAUGUGCGUUUGCUGCCAAGGAUGAGUAGAAGGGUCAAUGUACGUUUUAGCGUGCUGAAAUGGCACUACAGCUGGCUGUACCCUCCUCCGUUCAGAUUAUCUGAUAUUAAAUGCGCAACAAGGUAAUAAAGUACACUUAAAAUAU